AUGAACAACCCACUCCUGACCCUCCAAAGUCAAUAUGCCGCUGUAAGAGACUACAUGUCUCCCGUCUUGAGGGAAAGCAAAUUCAAAGAACACGGUCGUAUCACUCCUGAGGAAUUUGUCGUGGCUGGUGAUUUCUUAGCAUACAAAUUCCCAGUAUGGCAAUGGGAACAAGGUAGUAGUCAACGUGAUUUCUUGCCUAAAGAUAAACAAUAUCUUAUCUGUAGAAAUGUACCUUCACUUCGAAGAGCUGCAGCGUUGGAUUAUACGGAUCAAGAUGAGGACGCUGAGAAGCUUCUCAGCUUCUUGGAUGAGGCAGAUGAAGAUAAACCGAAAAAUGAUGACGACGAUUGGGUAGCUACCCAUAUUGGAAGAGCACCCCAAGCACCACCAACUGAUAUGGAUGAAAUUCCUGAUAUUUCUGAUUCACCCACCAUUUCGCCUCAGACUCAACCUCAGCCCCCUACUGCAUCGUUAGCAGGAUUGAAUCUCGGUGAAAAAGAAGGUCCAUUAGAAGUCGAAGAAAUCCCUGAUAUAGAUGAUAUACCUGAUAUGGAUGAGGAAGGCGAAGGAUUGGAAGAUGUAGAAGAUGAAGCUGCGGUUAGGAUCGUACAUCCAAGCGAAGCCGAUAUUCAAUCGACUGCCAAACAGAAUCUACUUCAAGUGAGAACUUAUGAUAUUGCAAUUGCGUAUGAUAAGCGAUAUUCUACCCCUAGAUUAUGGUUACGUGGAUGGGACGAGAGUAAGCGCCCUCUUACUGCGGCGCAAGUAUUCCAAGAUGUGCCCUCCGACCAUGCUUUCAAGACAGUAACGAUGGAAGCAUUUCCUCAUACAGGUGAACAAAUGGCUUCUGUCCAUCCAUGUAAACAUGCAAGUGUGAUGAAAAAAUUCAUCGAUAGGAUGGAAGCUUCUCAGUUAGCUCAAUUGGGAGAAUCAUCUUCCGGUCCUGGAGAGAUUGCAAAGUCUAGUGGAAGUGGUGAUGGAAAGAAGAAAUGGGGUAUAUCAGGUAUGGUCAGAAGAGUUACUGGAAACGUGCCCUCAUCAACGAAAGAAGGAAAGAAAGUUGACAACGAAUAUGAAAGUGGUGAAGGAGAAAGAGAAAGAGGCGUCCAAGUUGAUAUGUAUAAUGUUAUUUUCCUCAAGCUUAUGAGUUCAAUCUUACCUUCCAUCGAGAUUGAUAGUACCACUUCUACCGCACUCUAA